AUGGCCGCCUGCGUUAUUAAAGCAGCCAAAGGUGAAGCCAGCGUUUGCCUCAUCGAGGGCAUCGAAAUGCGAAACGGCUGCAAAGACAGGAGUGGCCGAAGCCAGACAGCAGUGUGCCGGAGGAUCGGGUUUCCAGGAGCAUCUCCCUCAUCUGGGCGGGUGAAAGAGCGCAGGCUGCCAGGCCAGAACACCUGUGGGAACGACGGCUUCCUGGACACGCCCCUGGACAUGCUGGCCCUCAGGCUCAUAGGAGAAAAGGCCAGAAAUGUUGGAAGAGGAAUAAAUAUCGCCAUUGUCGACUACGUGACGGGGAAGGUGCUGGCCACUCAGCAUUUCGACAUGUACGAAGGCGAUCAUUCUGGAGCGAUGACAAAGUUCAUCCAGAGUGCGGCCCCGAAGUCCCUCAUCUUCAUGGUGACCCAUGACGACGGCAGCAGCAGGCUGACGGAGGGCGCCAAGAAGGCCAUCGAGGCGCUGGGGAGUCGGGAGAUCAGGAACAUGCGCUUCAGGUCCAGCUGGGUCUUUCUCGCCGCAAAAGGCUUCGAGCUUCCCGCGGACCUCCAGAGAGAGAAGGUGAGGUUCCCAGCGCCGCUGCCCCGGCACCCCGGGACCCAGGGCUCGGCCAUCCCGCCUGCCCGCCUGGGCUCCUUCCUCCAGGAGGGGGCGCAGGGCAGGCCCAUCUGUCCUGAAUGGCGCCAGAUGGGCGCCAGCGGGCAGCCAGCGGCUCUGUCCCUGCCCAGCCCCUCGGUGCCCCCGCCCGACACUGCCCCACCGCCCCAGGACCCCCGCCCCGCCCACGGGGCCCUGAACCCAGGCCUGAGUGCUGUGUGGGCAAGUCCGGAGCAUGCCAGGCCCCUCAGCUGA